AUGACGGCCAACGAUUAUGAGCUCUUUCGUCAAUUCUUCCGGAUAAGCAUCGAGCAUCGAACGCCCAACGCUACUUUGGGAACGGGGCACCCAGACUUUAGUGAACAGGGUAUUUACCUGGAGCAGUUCGAAUGUCGGGAGGGGUGGCGCUUAGCUCGCCAAGCGCGUCGAGUCGAACGCAUUGAUCUGCAUCAGGAAAACAAAAAACAGGAGUUACAAGUCUACCUCGAGCAAGAAAUUCCCUCAACGGAUGUCAAGAGGAUCUACAUGACAGAAAUUCAAGAUUCAGGGGUCGUUGAGGAGGUUCAACUGCAGACCAUGCAGCUACAAAAUGCCCUAUUGGUGGCUUCCUAA